GAGGUGAUUAGGAAAAGAAAAGCGAUAAAACUGUUUCUCUUCCCCCACUCCAAACCCUAUCUCUCUCUCUCUCUCCCUCUCUAAACCAUGGGUCGAAAAAAGGUUGCCCAGAAUCGAGCUCCACUGGAAGAAGAUGAUGAACAACUCACCCACCACGAACAAGAACAAGAACAAGAAAGCCAUAACCAAGAACCAGCCAAACAAACACCAGCAUGUGAAUCUUCCGAAGACGAAGAACAAGAUGAAGAAGAACUAGAAGUUGAAGAAGAACAAAAGGUAGAGAAAAAUAAAUUCUCUGUUCAAAAACCCAUCAAUCUAACAAAGCCCCAACACUCCCAGUCCUCAGACUCCGACCCAGGCUCCGAUUCGGAGACCCAUUUGGGCUCUCCCACCGCCUCCGGUUUCACCAUCGAGCCCGUUUCGCCCCAACCCAAGAAACCCACCUCUGGUAAACGCCUCGUGCCAGAGUUCGAAAGGAAGGCCGACGAGUCAUCGCGGAAGAAAAAGAAGGCCAAGGUUUUCGAGGAGGCGGCGGAGAAGAAGAAGUCCGUUGUCGGUGCGAUUAACCGGCUGUGGAGCGAAGAGGAUGAGUUUGUGAUACUCGAGGGAUUGAUGAACUUCAAGUCCUCGGAUAUGGGUGGUCUUUAUGAGGUAAUCAAGAAAUCUCUUAGUGUUGAUGCUUCCAAGAGUCAGUUUGUGGAUAAGAUUCAUAAGCUGAAGAGAAAGUACAGUAACAAUGUUGAGAGAGGGGAUAAAGCUGUUUUGUCGAGCCCCCAUGAACACAAGUGUUUUGAACUUUCAAAGAAGAUAUGGGGUGGUGGAAAGGAGAAUAAUAAUGGAGGUGAUGGGAAUGGGAAGAAUGUGGGUAAAAAAGCUAGAAAGACUGGUAAGCGCGAUGAUGCUGUUGCUUUGCCUGAAGAAAAUGAUGGGAAAGAGAGUGCAGUGGGGGAGGAGAAUAAAAAUGGAGUUGAUGGGAAUGGGAAGAGUAAUGGGACUAAAAGAGCAAGAAAAAAGACUGUUAAGCUCGACGAUGUUGCUUUGCCUAGAGAAGAAAGUGGGGAAGGGGUGGUUGCAUUGGGAGAGGGAUCGAAAGGAGGAGAAAUGAAGGAUAUGAAAGCUGAUAAAGUGGGGGACUUUUGGGCAACACACCCUUGCUUAAAACAGUCGUUGGCGAUGGAGAAGGAGCCUCUGAAGGGUUUCAUGAUGGAGAAUAUGAGUAUGAUUGGGGACGUGAAGGCAAAGGAGCUGGAGAAGAAGUGGAAGGAUUUUUAUGUGGAUGAAGUUGGUUUAUAUCUGAAGCGGGUGCAAUUGAUGAAGGAGCAGACAAAGCUGGUGUUGGAUACAAUGAAGGCUUCUAAGGAUUAGGUUUAUGUAGGGUGUAAUCACUGGUGAAGUUUUAUGCUUUUGAUGAAAAUGGUCAAGGGGCUUUUUUUUUUGUUAAACCCACAGGGUUUUGGUUGAAGUUACUACCUAUGCGGUUCUGGAUAACAACUACUUAUGAAAUAGCCUUUAUAUGGUGUUGGAUGAACUUGUUCAUAUGGUUUAUCUUAAUAUUACUAGUAGUUAUGUUACAGCUCA